AUGACCAAGGGAUGCGCGGCGUUCUUGGUGGGCAACGGCGGGGAGGCGCCCCAGAGGUUCGCGGUGCCGGUGACUCUGCUCGGGCACCCGGCGAUCAUCGAGCUGCCCACCAAGGCGUGGGAGAAGUACGGGUACGCGCACGAGGGCGCCAUCAUCGUCCCCUGCAGUGUGGAGCGGUUCCAAAGGGUGGUCGACGAGGCGAGGGCCCAAGAACGACACCAUCACCACUUCCGGCUUCCGCACCUCGCCGGGUGCUUUAGGUUCCCGCAUGUUGUUGUGUAG